AAAAAUGCAAUAAAAAUGACCUUCGUAUUUAUGCACUUUCUCAUCUGUACAUUACAUAGGUACCUACGUCGACUAAAAUUGCAUGCCACAGUCCUGAAAAAUAAAUUUGCAAUAAAUAAUACCCUCGGUUUCAUUUUGAGAGGUGGCAAUCAAGUUAGCAACGCAUCGUCUGUAACAAAUGGAAUAAUUUCAACAAAUGCAAGCAAUGCAACUGCGCAUUGGUUCUCCGAAAGUGAACGUAACGAUUUUGUUUCUGUAUAUCCCUAUUUGGCUGAAGACCUCACGAAAAGUCCACUGUGCGACGACACAAUAGUCAUGGAUCGAAUACGUCAGCUGCUUACACAUAACUUAACGCACGGAAAGAAACUUGUUGGUCUAUCUACUUUACUUCUCUAUAAAUCAAUAGAACACGAGCACAACCUCACCGAACACAACGUUCGUUUGGCUAAUAUCAUGAGUUGGUGCUUACAGAUGUUGCACACCUCCUUUGUCCUUACGGAUGAUAUGAUAGAUUCGUCGAAAACUCGUCGUGGGAUGCCCUGUUGGUAUUUAUUAGAGGACGUAGGCAGUACAGCAAUAAACGAUGCAACCUGGCUUGCAAGUGCAAUUUGUACAAUUCUGAAAAAGUACUUCCACAACCAUAAUCAUUAUGUUCAAAUACUUGAAUCAUUUAAAAAGUUACAAAAAGAGACCAUACUUGGGCAGAUAAUCGAUGAAAUUUAUACAGGAAACAGGGUAGUUAAUUUACUGAAUAACAGGACAUACACCACAAUCAUGAAAUACAAGACCGCCACCCCGUGCCAAGCUCCCAUAACAUUUGCUCUGCAUCUAACUGGAAGAAAUGAUGAACUACUAUACAAUAAAGGUAGUAAAAUUCUCGGAGAAAUGGGACAUUACAUUCAAGUGCAGAACGACUAUUUUGAUUGUUUUGAAGAUCCAACCAUAACGGGCAAGAAGGGGUCAGAUAUUGAAGGGGGCAAAUGUACUUGGCUAAUUGUAGAUGCCAUGGAACGGUCAUCCUCAUCACAAAGACAUAUUUUAGAAGAACAUUAUGGUAAAAAAAAUCCUGAAAGUGUCAAAGCCGUUCGUAAUCUGUAUGAAACUCUUCAACUGCGUAAGCAAUAUAAAGUGUACGAAGAUGAAUUUAAAACACGUAUACGUACAUAUAUUGAAGAAGUGCCAAUUAACGCAACGCGUGAAGUAUUCUACAAGAUAUUGAAUAGUAUUGGCAAAAAGACUUCAUAAGUUCCAUCACAUAUUCAAUUGAAGUUGUUUUUUUCAUCAACGUAAUAAAACCAUUCAUUGCUUUCACAUAGUGUACGUGUAUGUGUUUGAAAAACCAUAUAGGAUCGAUGUAGACAGGUAAACAUAUGUACUAUUAUAUAGUAUACAGUCCCUAAAGGUAUGGAAUAUUGGAUCUGCAGAUUUAACCAGUAAACUAAUAUUUCAAAUAAAAGUGCUUGCCCAUAGCUAAAUUUUCAUAAUCAUUUGGAAUAAAUAACUUUUUUUUAAUGA